UUAUACAUUAAAGCACUGCAGGAAGUAUAUAUACUGAUUGAUUUAAGACAAAUGGCUCAAAGAAAUACAUGGUAGUCUGAAUUGUUAAAAUCAAGUAAAGUGGAUUUGUGUUUAUGAUCAAACACAUGUCUAUAUGUGACAUCUAUACACAAUUGUGCAUUUUAUCCAGAUGUCUGUUAAUGGUGUAUUUAUGCCAUUAUUCAUAGCUUGAAGUAGGAGCAGUCUUUUUUAUAGUGCUUCAUUUGUACAACAAAUUUCCAAAUAUAUACUUUGUAUAUGUGUAUCACUUGAAUAGAUAAGUAUAUGCAGGUUUUGUGUUGGUGGUCUUGUACGAGCUAUAUAACUAUAUGAGGUAUUUAGACUCUGGAUUUUACGUCAGAGUCCUCUGUAAAAGUUAAUCUGUCAUUUUCUGAUUGUUUUUAUAUGUUUUGCCUGAGCGCACACUUGUAAUGCAUCCGUCUGGGUUUUCCGGUUGUGCUAUUUUUAGAGGAUCGGUGUCAGGGCUGUGUGCCCCCAUUCAAUAGAUUAGUUUUGUCAACAAGUUGUUCAAACCAGAGUGUUCUUCUGACUGACUCUCUACAAUAUUCUAUUUUACAUGGAAAAUGUUAUUUUUAAUGGAAAAUACAAUUGCAAAGCUAAUGGUGCAGCAUCAUGUGAUAAAACGCUUCAAGGAUGCCAAAACAGCGAGCCCCACCACCACCCCCCACUGGAGACACACCGCCUGAUUCCCCUCCGCCUCCUCCCCCCGGUCUGCUGCAACAUCAGCGAAGCCAGUCCUCUUUUUCAAGUCAGACUUCCAUAAGCACACAGGGGUCCGGCAUGGGACACAACACCGUAGACAACCGACAAGAUUACAGAAAACUGCCUUAUUUUUACUCCAAUUUCACAAACCAAGAUGAGGUUUGUCAGUAUCUAAGUCAUCACUCCAAGAAAACGCCAGGGUAUUUCUUGUUAAGGCCAAGUUUCAGCAACAAGAAUUCAGUCUCUGUAUCGACUGUAGUAUCUGAUAAAACCAUUCGCCAUACGAAUAUCAAAAUUGAGAGUGGUAGGAAUUCCAAAUGGUAUUAUCUAGUACCAGAGGUCAAAUUCCAUUCUGUUCCAGAACUGAUAGCCUAUUACGGACAAAAUGAAGUGAAAAAUUUACAGAAAGUGAACAAUGUGCGCUUCUUAUUUCCACUAGAAAAACGGAGGUCGGAAAAUCGAAAUGGUAUUUCUUCUGUUGAGGGAUCGGAAAGUUCGGGUAGCCACUAUCAGUCACCAAUUGAUGUGCCGGGGCCUGAGGUUCGGCCAGCUCUCCCAGAGAGGCCACGAGACUUACCCCGCCUCCAAUCCCAGAAUUCCAUUGGAUUCCAUAGUCCUAGUACCAGCAGCUUGACAUCAUUUGGAAGCCCAGAAGGGCUACAUAAUGGUGUUUUUGAGAGUAGUGGUAGUGGAGCCAGUGGAGGCAGACAGGCACAUCACCAAUCCAUCUCUUCUAUAGAAACUCGUCCCCCAGCCAUGCUCCCAAUUGGCCAUAAUACUAGAGAUGGUAAUCCAUAUUACUCAAGUCCCAGAAAUGUUGAUGAAGACAUUACGGAUAGACUGAAGGAAGUCCUGCGACAGAAUGAAAUCUGUGAUUGUGGUAUUCCUAGAGACAAAGCAGAUCUUCCUUUAGGUUGGACUGUGCAUAGAAGCAAAGAUCCAGCCACUUAUGGUCGAAUAUUUUUUCAAAAUAACAAAGGUGUUACGUCCUGGAAACUACCCCAGGAGGUGCAGAAUAGACUGAAUAUUGUACAACAGGAGAAUUUAUCACAAUUAAGGAGUGAAGGUAUGCGGGUUCCCGUUGACCGAAGAGGAAUAAUAAGUGAGACAAAGUUUUAAGCUGUGACGAAAUGUCCGAUGGAUUUUAAUACUCCUUAGAUGUGACAAAGUGGAUUAUGGUGGGCUGUUUUAUGGAGUUUAGUUCCACGUAGCUCAACUGUCAGCGUGAUAUUUUUCCUCGGUGCAUCAAAAUCAGUUUUGUUAUGUGACGAUGUGUUUGUGUCUGCUUUGACCCUGGAACUUAACCAUUUUGUGUGAAAUGCAGAUCUUUCGUGGAAAUGCUGCCCCUGCCAAGAAUUUCUGUGUUGUGAGCUAUUGUGAACUUUGUUAUAUUCCAAACUAGUUGUCAACAAAGGAUGGAUAUUCUUCCUUGUUUCAUUUGUGAAAUAAAAUCAGUGUUAAUUGAUCAUGUCAUAUGGAGCCUUUAAUGUGGAGGAAAUGAAAUUCGAAUGGUAUGCCGACCAUUAUAGCAGAGUAUCUGCAGCAAAUGUUUACAGGAAAUCAUGUAUAUAUAUUCACUCAUAACCCAACUUUCCAGUUCAUAAAAGCAUUUAACAUAUUUAUAAUAUAUAACCAUCUAUGACUUGUAUGAUUUUUUUUGCAUAGUGUACUUUCUUAACAAUUUGCUCAUAAAUGACAGAUUUUUAUCUCGUAUUCAGAACCAUGCUCAAAUUUAUUCCAGUACCUUUCCCUGUUACCAUACUGUACCAUGCCUGCUCUUUGUUUUGGUUAUUUAGAUGCUGGGUUAUUUGUACACAUGCUGGUCUUUUAUGUGUUUAUGCUACACAUGCACACUCUCUUUUUGUGUUUAUACAACACAUUCAUAUGUAUCCUGAAGUUUAUGUACAUGUCCUUGAUCUCCUCAAAAUGUAGCUGAAAAGUAGUAAAGCACAUUAGUGUUAUUUAUAGAGAGAGAGAAAGGGAGAGAGAGAAAGAGAGAGUGCUGAUAAACUUGAUAAAGUGAGGGCAAUUUUAACCAUUUGAAGGAAGUUUUGAGGACAUAUGUGCACUAUAAGGACAAAAAAAUUAUGUACUUAACUGUUAAUUAAGUCCCCAUAAACGUGACCCCACAGAAUGUGAAAUGUUAAGAUUUGUGAAGAAGAGUGGUGUGGGGAUAUAUACAUUUUGUAUAAUCUCUCUCAAAAACUUUUUUUUCAGGGUUGAAAGAGGAUAUUGGAUAAACCUUUUAUGAUCUAUAAUUCAGUUAUCAAUAUAACCAUAAUAACAUGAUAUAAACUACCUAAAAAAGUACAUGUUUAGUAUUUACUGUAUCAUGUAAUUAUCUCCUAGGACAUUGUGAAGAUGUCCUUACUAAACAGCUUUCAUUGGAGAGAGAGAGAGGGAGGGGGAGAGAAGGUGUAGAGAGAGAGAGAGAGAGAGAGAGAGAGAGAGAGAGAGAGACUACAUGUACUUGAGAUUUACAUGAUUUAUGGGGGUUUUCUUUCAGAAAAUUUUCUGGGUUUUUUUUCUUCUCAUAUUUUCUCAAAGACAAAGGAGUUAUGCAAUUUACACUGGUAUACAUGUAGUUGAUUACAUUCCAAGUGGAAAUAGAAGAUAUUUUGUUGUCUAUUAAACUGCAUACUUUAACAUGUUUAAGGUUGUGAUAAAAUUGUUAACUGUUGUAUGGCUGAGAAAUAUAUAGAUGUAUCAGUGGAAUUAUGGUACUGUAACUGAAAUGUAAUUUAUAAAAUCAUAAUAUAUAAAUAGAAGUUUGUAUAAAAAUUAAUGACAAGCUUUAUGAUUCAAUUUAGUGAAUCAACUGAUCUGCAGGGUGAUCAGAGAUACCCUUGUUUCUUUUUAACAUUUUUUAGAAUUAAAUAUAUAAAAUUUCAUAAUGUGUGGAGUUACAAUUACUUUUAAAGUAAUUUUGAGUUGUGCCAAUUGAAAUUUAGCUAUAUUGAUCAAUACAUCAUGUGUUUAUCUUGCUGAUUUUAAAAGAAGAUGGUGUUUCAAAAUUAUAUACUUUUACUGGGAUGCAACACCAAUCAUUUAAGCAAUGGUCAUAGGUUACCAUGGUUUUCAGAACUGAUGUUUUAAAUUAACGUUUUAUAACUUUGAUAUAUACAGAAUUCAUAUUUUUCAUGUGCAGAUGUGUUUUAAAAUUUACCAAAAUUGAUGAAAGACAUACAUCUUUAAUUCAGAGGAAUAACACCUGCAUAUUUUCAUUUUGUAAGGAGGUGUAUUACAUUUGCAACAUAAAAGUUUCUUUAAAAGAAAUGGAGUAUACUAUUUAUCAUACAAUGUUAAAAUGUGUAUUUUAAAAAUACAUUAAUAUUCAGUGUCAUACCUGUGUUUGAGAUACUCAUGCCCAUGGAUUGACAAUUUUCUGAUGAAAAUGUUAAUUAUCUCGAGUGUUUUUGUAGUUUUCAUUGUUUAUCCAGUAUUGACAUUCAUAUACAACAUAGUUAGGAAUGUUGUGACAAUAGGACAUUUUUUGUCAUUAACCAUAUUUAUAAUCGUUGUGUUACUGAGAUACAUACAGUGUAUGAGUUUCAUCCAAGAUGAAAUGUCAAGAUAAAGUAUGACUUGUGGGAAAGAUAUUUAAAAAAUGAUAGUAUCUGAAGCUUCAUAUUAUACAAAGGAGACAGUAUUGUAUUGCAGAUUGUUAUGGAACAAAAUCCGAGAUCUUCGAAAAAACAAUUAGUUUUUUUGGUUGUUUUUUUUUUUAAAAUAUGUGUUUAGCAGAUGUUUAGUGUAAAAUCACUUCUUCUUUUCUUUUUAAACAUAUGCACAUACCAUUAAAACAAUAAAAACUUAUCCAAUUUGACAUUCAAUGAAUUUACAGUACAUUAAUACAUUACCCAGCAAUACCAGUGGUAUGCAUAUAUAUAUAUAUAUAUAUAUAUAUAUAUAUAUAUAUUUGUACAAUGGUAUUUAACACUGCAUACAGAACGUCUAUUUUCAUGACAUCUUCUGGAUUGACAAAAAAAUUAACAUGUCAAAAGAAAUUCCCGGCCGCUUUAGGAUAUUAUCUCCUCCUCUGAAAGGUGUGUAUUUAAAAUGUCUAUACAUAUAUGAUUCUAUAGGUAUUCAUUAAAGUAAGUCUAUAAUAUAAUUCUAUAGGGGUUCAUUGAAGUAACUUCCACGUGGAAAUAUUUGUAGUUGAGUGACUAACAUUUUUCACCUGUUUAACAGAGGUGGUUUUUAAAUUUUUUGCUCAACAUUUUUUUAAAAAAGAAUUUGUGUGAUAUAUAGGAGAAUCUAUUUUCCACAUGUAUGAAAGCAUUGGAGCUGAACAUAUUUGGCAAUUGCACAAAAUGCGUAUUUCUGCGACAAAUGAGUUAGGGAUGGUGUUUUUUAAACAUUAUUCAUUGUUAUGUAGGUCGUAUAUAAAAUGAAAACACUUUAAAAAAUAAUAAACCAUCUAGAAUCAAUAGAAAACACAAUUGAUAUACCCUGCAUAAGGAAAUAUAGAGGCAAUAUCACACCCUUAAAUCAAACUUCAGCAGUACUUGCAUAUAUCCACACUGGUAUUUUUUACUGCAGUUAGUUCCUGUUCAAAUGAAUUUGUUUAAGAAUGGGUUCUCUCGAAAGCUUGCUGAGAGACUAAAUAUGCAAUUUUAAAAUAAUACAUUUUGAUUCGCAGAAAAAGCAUUAAACUUUAAGUCUGUGGAUUCAUCACUGAGAAUUUUAAUUAAAAUUUGUAUUAUUUAAUGUGAUUCAUCUGUUGUUUUAGAUCCAUGUAGAUUUUAACAUUAUGAAUGUAUGUGUCCUUCAAAAGUUGAGGAUUGAUAGAUUUAUCGGUGUGGUGCUUGGUGUCCGUUUCAUUGUAUGGACGUGUAUUGUAAAUCUAUUAUAGAUGUCCCACAUUUUUAUAAUUAUAUAAAUUUUGAAAGUACUUUGUUUUCUUCAAUGCAAACAAAAUGUCAAGUUUUACCGCACCUGUUUAUUCUAAGGCCAGUAAAAGCAACACCACUUUAGUCCCUUUUUUUCAGGAACUAUAUUACAUGUAAUUCUGACAGAAAGAGUGUUAAGAACUUAUCUAUAGUAUAGGAUAAGUGCACAUGAUAUUGAUAGCUUUAAUUGUUUGUCCAUCAAUCGCGAUAAGAGCUUCGACUAAAAAUAACUUCUUAAUUCAAACCCCUACAUGUUUAAUAGCAAAAAUAACUUCUUAAAUCAAACCCCUACAUGUUUAUUAGCAAAAAUAACUUCUUAAAUCAAACCCCUACAUAUUUAAUAGCAAAAAUAACUUCUUAAAUCAAACCCCUACAUAUUUAAUAGCAAAAAUAAUUUCUUAAAUCAAACCCCUACAUAUUUAAUAGCAAAAAUAACUUCUUAAAUCAAACCCCUACAUAUUUAAUAGCAAAAACAACUUCUUAAAUCAAACCCCUACAUAUUUAAUAGCAAAAAUAACUUCUUAAAUCAAACCCCUACAUAUUAGCAAAAAUAACUUCUUAAUAAUCAAACCCCUACAUAUUUAAUAGCAAAAAUAACUUCUUAAAUCAAACGUCUACAUGUUUGAUAGCAGGUUUUUUUUUUUAAUUGAACAAAUCCAUUUUUGGCAAACUAUCCAUCUAUUGUAUUUACAGAUUCUGUAAUGUAUGUUUUGAGGUGUAUGCAUGUAUUAGUGUGACUGGACAUACAAAGGUUUAACUUACAUGUAUAAAACUAUGUUCUGAUGUCUGGUCUUUUGUGUGUACUCAUAUGUUGUUUGUUGGCACCUGAAAAAUCAUUUUCAACCAGUGUUUUGCACAAUCAUUGCAAUAUUAAUACCUUUGUUAUCUCGUUAUGAAACAUAUAUUUGUAUGAAUAAACAUGGCUUAAAUUUU